UGGAAAAUAAUAAGAGGCUCUCUGAUAGGUAACGGAGAGCCAGAACCAAUCUCUGAUAUGCACAUAUACUACAAGACGACGAUAAGAGUAUAUCAUAUAAGCAAGUAAACAUGCUCUUACUUCAAGUUCUCUCGACCUCGGUAUCCUUUCCACCUUUCGUGCUUUCUUUCCUAGCAUUUGUUACGUUGCAUAGCCUGGUCACGGCACAAAUGCACAUAAAAACAAGUUGUCAAGACAACACAUUUUCUUACACCGCUGGUAGCCGAUUCGAGAAGAAUCUUGAUAGCCUACUUCAUACGACUCUUUCUAUUUAUGGGGGUGGUUCUAUUUCUGCUGAUGCUAAGAAAGGAAGUUAUCCUGAUGAGGUAUACGGCCUUUUUCUCUGCAGAGGCGAUGUUUCAGAAAAGACUUGCCAGGACUGUAUUGAUGCAGCAACUGAUAAGAUUCUAAGUGAUUGUCAAUUUAAGAAAGAAGCAAUUAUAUGGUACGAUGAGUGCUUGAUAAGAUACUCAAAUAAAUCAUUCGUUUCUACUCUGGAAAUCACACCGGUUUUUUGUGUAUAUAAUAGUUUGGAUCUUACAGAAUCCAAAAAGUUUCUCAAAAUACGGAGAGACAUGUUUGACAAUAUUAUCGAUCAGGCAAUCAACAAUCCUGACAACCACAUGUAUGCUAAAGCUGAUGUGAACAUCACCGGUGUAGGCAACUUGUAUGGUAUGGUGCAGUGCACACCAGAAUUAUCACCUUUAGAGUGCCAAAAUUGUCUGACAUCAGGGGUUGCUAAUUUUGAUACUGCAUUGUGCCCAGACGGAAAGAGAGGGAAAAGAAUUCUAACACCAAGCUGUAACACAAGAUAUGAGGUGUAUCCUUUUUCUGAAAAUCCACCAAUACAAUCACCUGACUCGAGCAACAGCACUGACAAUAUCGGCAUUAGAAAAACAAGAGGCAAAACAUUGGUGACUGCAAUCAGCGCAAUAUUACCAACAACUUUGGUGAUAGUACUUAUUGGAUGUUGUAUAUGUUAUUACAACAGAAAGAAAAGGAUAGAAGAAACGGAUUACAGUGCACGAGAUCAAGUACUUGACCUUACAGAGGGUGGCUACUUGUCUGGACGUUUUGAAGGAGAAAGUAUAGUGGAAUCUGAUAGGUUUCCCUUAAUCCAGCUAGAUCUAAUUCAAACCGCUACACAACAGUUCUCUCCGAAAAACAAGCUUGGAGAAGGGGGUUUCGGUCCAGUUUACAAGGGUACACUAGUGGACGGAAAGGAAAUUGCCGUUAAGAGACUCUCUAGAAACUCUUGCCAAGGGCUACAAGAGUUCAAGGCUGAAGUUACUUUAAUUGCCAAACUCCAACAUAAUAAUCUUGUCAACCUUCUGGGAUGUUGUCUGGAAGGGGAGGAAUUGCUUCUUGUCUAUGACUACAUGCCCAACAAAAGCUUAGAUGUCCACCUUUUUGAUACCACAAGUGGAGCACAUCUAGAUUGGAAGACACGACUCAGCAUUAUUAAUGGAAUUGCUCGGGGAAUUUUGUAUUUGCACGAGGAUUCCCGUCUGAGGAUCAUCCACAGGGACCUCAAAGCUAGCAAUAUUUUGCUAGAUUCUGAUAUGCACCCAAAAAUAUCCGACUUUGGAUUGGCUAGAAUAUUUGGCAGAAAUCAGAUAGAGGAUAACACGAACAGAGUUGUUGGAACAUAUGGAUACAUGGCUCCCGAGUAUGCUGUGGAAGGAAUAUUUUCAGUGAAAUCAGAUGUUUUCAGUUUUGGAGUUCUCUUGCUAGAGAUAGUCAGCGGAAGGAAGAAUAGCCGUUUUUAUCUCACAGGAUAUGGCCAUAGCUUGCUUACUUAUGUGAGUUCAUAACAUUAAAAUGCUAUCAUAUUUUGACU